CAAAUUGAAAUGAGGAAAAGAACCUUUUAGACAAGGGUAUGCUUUUGGCACUUGAUGAGUUUUGCUGUAUUUGCCUGCAAGUAAAAGAGCAAGCUGUUAGCUCAACUCAUCUGCAGAAUAUGCAGUGAGUGAUAACUGCUGGACAUCUGUGUGGUGGGAUAGCAAACACCAAGUGGUGUAGAACAGGUGAACAGAGAUUGUUUGCUGUCCUUUCUCAUAAAAAAACCUCAAGAGCUAUAGGACCUGGGAGAGCCAAUUUCAAAGCAAAACAAGGCAAUUUUUCUUAAAGUGAGUAGCACACGAGAGUUCUCUGAUGCAGACUCUGGGCGACUCUCUUGCCUUUUUAAGUUUGCACUAACAAGCUUAGCUGUUUUUCUAUUAACUUUGAACAAUACUUUGCUUGAAUUAUCAAAUUCUUUUGUACUUAAUAAACAGACCUGAAAUAUGUAACAUUUAAGGAUUAUUUUUAAUAAAGGGUUAUAUUUAAGGGUUAUUUUUUUCUUCUUAAGUUGACAGCUGCCCUGAUUAAGAGAAGCACCUCUGAUUUGGCUGCAGAAGAGAAGACCUGGAGAAGGAAAUCCUGCCGGGACAUGUGACAUGCCAGAAACUAUGGGCUAUCCUAUCCCACAUCUGGUGCCUGCUGUGGACCGGGGCAGGACCACUGAGGGUUCAGCUGCCUAGCUCUGUCACAGCUGUACAGCCUAGACCAGGCUAAUUCUGCCGGGAGGCUUCAGAUAAAGGAUGCAGGGGCUUUAAUCCAGGAUGAAUGAAUGCUACUACGACAAGCGCAUGGACUUUUUCUACAACAGGACCAAGGCGGACACAGCGGAUGAGUGGACAGGACCACAGCUCAUCGGUGUUCUAUGCUUUGGCACAUUUUUCUGCCUCUUCAUUUUUAUUUCAAAUUCAUUGGUCAUAGCAGCUGUGGUGAAGAACAGGAGGUUUCACUUUCCCUUUUAUUAUCUUCUGGCCAACUUAGCAGCUGCAGACUUUUUUGCUGGCAUCGCCUACGUCUUCUUGAUGUUCAACACUGGCCCGGUGUCCAAGACGCUGACGGUCAACCGCUGGUUCCUGCGCCAGGGUCUGCUGGACACCAGCCUGACAGCAUCCCUGGUGAACCUCCUGGUCAUCGCUGUGGAGCGCCACAUGUCCAUCAUGCGCAUGAAGAUCCACAGCAACCUCACCAAGAAGAGAGUCACCUUCCUAAUCAUCUCCAUUUGGGCCAUCGCUAUUUUCAUGGGCGCUGUUCCGACCCUGGGCUGGAACUGCCUCUGUGACAUUACUGUCUGCUCAUCCCUGGCACCCAUUUACAGCAGAAGUUACCUGGUGUUCUGGAGUGUCUUAAACCUGGUUGUGUUCUUCAUUAUGGUGGUGGUUUACAUAAGAAUCUACAUGUAUGUCCAGAGGAAAACCAAUGUCUUGUCGUCACACACCAGCGGGUCCAUUAGCCGCAGGAGAACCCCUGUGAAGCUUAUGAAGACUGUCAUGACUGUCUUAGGUGCCUUUGUUGUCUGCUGGACCCCUGGCCUGGUUGUCUUAUUGCUUGAUGGCCUGAACUGUACUGACUGUGGGAUUCAGAACGUUAAAAGGUGGUUUCUUCUCCUGGCCCUGUUGAACUCUGUUAUGAAUCCAAUUAUUUAUUCAUACAAAGAUGAUGAGAUGUGGGCUACCAUGAAAAGGAUGAUUUGCUGCUCCUCUGACGACAAGAGCCAGGAGAGACGCUCGUCUCGGAUCCCCUCAACAGUUCUCUGCAGGAGCACGGAUAUCUCGGGCCACUACAUUGAAGAUGGCAUUAUUCAAGGGACAAUCUGUGGAAAAGGAGAUCUUGGUGACAAAGGAAACUCCUGAGCUAUGCAAGGACUGACUUGGCUGGAAAAGGAGAGGGGGAAGGGAGAGGUUUUGUAAGAGGAGAUUGACUGGCAAAGCUAGUAAACAAUAUAUCCACUUUGUUCCAGAGCCUCAACUCCAGUGUUAACAAAAGUUCUUAUAAAUAAUUGCCUGAUGGAAAAACACUUUGUAAUGAAGAAAACUUUCUGUGCUGCCAUCCUUUUUGUCUUUCAAGUACAUGAAAUUGUUUUUUCAUGUGAAUGGAAUAAAUACCUCUCAGAGACUUCUUGUGCAUGGAAACAAACUGCAAGCAAUGUGGAGAGAUCCUCCUUAAGCUCCUACAGAGAGAAGAAACCUGCUUGACUGUGCAGGUUUGGCAUUCAUUGAGUAUUUAUGCUUUGAAUAGUUUCUGUGCAUCUUGAGGAGGAUUGUAGGUUUGGUUGGACAGAAUUGUGACCUGUUUUCUUGGUUUAGGAAGUUAAUGGAAUAGUUCAUGCUUACCUCUUCUCUUCCUCCUCCUUAUCUUGCUUUCAAAAUAGGUAGUUUGAUAGUUUACUAAAGCUAUGCCAGAAACCUGGCUGUGAUGGGAGACCCAGACCAGGCGUCAGUGUGUGUAAGUAUGGACCAUGGACUGUCAGGAUCUGAGGGUACAGAAAGCACAAAAGCCAUUAUUUCUUCUGUAGUGGGGUGAAUGCUGCAGGCAAAGACAGUGCACUCUGCUGCUGUUGUGUAGGCAGGCACUGCGUGUGGAUUAACAGAAAAGCAGCAAGGCUGCGAUCAUUAUGUUCAUUUCUUGCUUCCCUAGAUAACAUCACAUGGGCGUGCUCACUCCUCUUUACCUGCCAUGCCACUGAGAGAAAUGAAAUCCCAAACUCUGGUUUACAAGGGAACUUUUAAGGGAAGUUUAAAUACCCGUAUGUCUAGGUUCAAUCAAGCUAUUUAAAAUAGAAAUUAGUUUACAGGCAAAAAAAAGCCUGAAAUUGAUUUAAGCCUCUACCAUAGUACAGUAUGCAUGGAUUGUUGGACCUUGUCUGGACCACAUAGAACCUCUGAUUUGCAAACAGAUCUUACUGGAACAGGUACAUGGAGCAAGAGACCAUGAAACAGUGAGCAUGGAGGGCUUUCAGCAAUAUGACUGAUCAAAUCUAGUGCUGAUGCAACCACAACCCAAAGGGCUGGAGUUCUGACUUGUGGACUAUGCUCUAACAGAGUGUCCAGCGAUACAAAGCUCUAGGGUAAACUUCUUCUGUUUAAACUUUCAAAUUAAAAACUGGAUUGUAGCUUUCUCAGUACUCUAAAAACUGGUUCACGCUGUCUGGUUUCAACAGCAGGGAAUUCCCUGUUGCCAUUUUAACUUCAAGAGGAAUUUCCUGUGUUGUCUCCUAGAAAAUGUCUGAUCCCUGGUAUUAAGGCAGGUGACAACAACCAGAGGUCACUUUGAAAAGUUUUGGAAGUUUUGGUCACUUGGAAUUAUCAGAGAACAGCACCAAGAGCCAACACCAAGGACAUAGUUUAUGAAGCUGAAAGAUGAAGUUCAGCUGCAGUUUGGACAAAUUCUUCCUUUGGUUCCACUUGCAUAUGGAUAUCUGGACUGUGUUGGUUAAAAGAGAUCCAACUUGGCUCAAAGGCUGGGCAGGGGAGUUGCAGAAUGCACUGGGGGACUUCACAGCAGCCCUUAGCACAUCUGACAAUCACAGCAAGGCCCUGUUCAGAGAGCUCUCCCAUAACAUGCACUAUCUUGUAGGGAUGUGGCCCAGUAUUCCAAGGUAGAUGCUAUAUUUGAGUACACUAAAAAUGUUUACACAUUUUCUGCUAUUAUAAUGCAAUUUUUUGGUGCAAAUACUACUUCACUCUUUUGGUGUUCUGAAAAGUGUGUAAAGUGGUGCUUUGUAGAGGUGGUGGUGUGGUGGGUUGAACCUGGCUGAAGACCAGGUGUCCACCAAAGCUGCUCCAUCACUCCUCUCCUCAGCUGGACAGGGG